AUGAAAAAUCGCACAGAUGUUAAUGAUUUUACAAAAAUAUUAGUAGGAUGCUUGUCAGAUUUCGCCGCAACUGUGACCAGAUCAGCUAUUUCUAAAUCUGUCCUUUCAGAUGACCUAGGUAAAGUGUUCUCUGUGGUGACGUUUAUAGAAACAAUACUACCAUUAGGAAGUGCUCCAUUGUAUACUUUGGUUUACUCUUCAUACAUAGCAGAUUAUCCUACCCCCAGUAUUCCUCUUAUCGACAACUAU